AUGUCGUCAUUCAAUCGUUCAUAUGGUCAAUCACCACCUUCCCCGGUGUCCAAUGGCGCUUUUGAGUCCAUCCAAGGAACUCCCAACACUGCCAUCACUGCCAUCUCUCCGGAAGAUGCCAGAGUACCCAAGCAAUCGGCAACAGACUCGCGUGCAUCUACUGUUACUACAUCUGCUAAUCAACAUGAUCCUUUUGUGACAACUGGGACCACCACAAGCAGGGCUUCGGCUCAACUUUCUGCGACCGCUUCUGCGUUUCAACCCCUGCACCUCUAUGGGCCUGCAGUGGGUGCGCCAAUUACGGGAAACCUUAUCGCCAAUGGAUCUGGAUCUACUACUCUCAUUCCAGGUACAAUUCAGUAUUUGGACAACGUGGUAGCUUCUCAAUCACCAGUUCGUGAGUCUGAGGUUACCAGCUAUGGUAAAUUCAGCACGGAUACUGGUGCCACUCGUUGUAUCAGAGUUACGGAUAUCUAUCAAAAGGUAGAUGUCAAUAGUUGUGUUCAAUAUUCUUUCGAGAAAUUGAACAAGGCUGGAGUCAUCAUCACUGGCGGAAAGAGAAUUGAAGUUACAAAAAAUAAUGUUGUCUACAUUAGGAUGUCCAACAUUUAUGAGGCAGCCAAGGUUUAUACUGCAAUCAAGGUCGAUCAUGUCGAUUGUGCCGUUGAAUACAUCAAGGCCAAUGAAUUUGGUGGUGCUAUCAGUCCUCAAUCAAGAACCGUGUACUCUGCUCAUGAGGGUCAAGUAAUGCUAACUGCAACCUACCCGCCAAACACCAACAUUGAUAAGAAGGUCUUUGAGGAGAGUCUCCGUGACUUGCUGUCCGUUGAAGGAGAACUAUAUGCAUGGCAAAAAUUUCUUGCAACAGAAGCAGGCACAUUCCGACUGUGUGCAGAGUUUGUUGAUUCCGCAAUGGUGGCUCGCGCAAUUGAACGCUGCAACAACAAGCUCAUUGGUAAUAUUCUUGUUAAGUGCGAGAUGCACACACCCGAUGUUGCAAAGAAUCGUGGCACCUCGCGUAACAGUUUGGCACAGGCUAUAACUCCUACACGUCGCUCAGCUCCCCAAGCUGACAUUAGUGAUGUACUUGGACACAUGUCCCUCCAGGCCCCUCAAACCCCUGUAUUUCCCAACAAUGCUGCAAUGUUCAACUCUGGUAGCCCAAAUCCUCAAGGUAUCCAAUAUAUGACCACAAAUCAUUAUGGAAUGCUACCAUCCACUACAGUCCCAUACGUCAUGAGUGGUAUGGGUGGUAUGGGUGGCAUGUACACCGGCCAGCCACUAGCCUUUCAGACAGGUUUCCCUGCUGCACUUGCAGCAAACCGACCCUCGCAGGUUAUGGAGCCUUAUGAAUCUUUUGCUUCCCAGGUAUACUCGCCACACAUGUACGCUAGUCACUUUGCUCAACAAGGUGUCCAACGCUACCCAAUCAGUCCACAGGCUUAUAGUAACAACUUUGGUUACAUCAGUCCUCAGACUCCCAACUCUCGCGACCAAGCCCGCAGCGGUAAUCGUCGCCAGCUUCCCGUCGCUCGUACACCCCAGGGACAACUCCGAGGACGCGGUACGUCCAAUCCCGCUGCCAGUCAUCACAAUCAUGUCGAUAUUAACAAGAUCAAUGCUGGCCUUGAUGUCCGAACUACUGUGAUGUUGAGAAAUAUCCCAAACAAGGUCGAUCAAGCCAUGUUAAAGAGCAUCGUCGAUGAGUCUAGCUUUGGAAGAUAUGAUUUCAUGUACCUUCGAAUUGACUUCUCGAACGACUGCAAUGUCGGCUACGCUUUCAUCAAUUUUGUUGAUCCUAUGGACAUUAUUGAGUUCGUCCUCGCUCGAUCAAACCAAAAGUGGCAUCGAUUCAAGAGCGAUAAAGUUGCAGAAGUUUCUUAUGCAACCAUUCAAGGCAGAGACUGCUUGAUUCAAAAGUUUCGCAACUCUUCCGUCAUGCUCGAGCCUCCUCACUACAGACCAAAGCUGUUCUUAACCCACUCCGAUGGAGCUAAUGUUGCUGGUUUGGAAGAUGAAUUUCCUCCAUCUGACAAUGCUUCCAAGCUUAAGCGAAGCUGUGAGAAUGCGGAACAUGUUGGACUCUUUGCUCCCAGUGCUGGCCAGCAUCUACGUGAUGAGCAACGUCGUCGCCGCUCUCAGUACGACCGAGGUACAAGCCUUGCAGAGCGUGAGGAGUAUGGCUUUGAGGAUGAUGAGGAUGAUCUUCACCGCAGCCCUUGUACCCAAGGUUUCUCACCACACUAUUGA